AUGUCAACCAAAGAACCAGUUCAGAAAACCGAUCAUGCUUCUAGCGAUAGUGAAAGCGAAGAGGGGAUAAAAAAUAAGACACACAGGUAUAAUCUAACUCCUGUAGAAAUUCAACGCCUACAAUUAGAAAAAUUAUUAAGAAAAGCAGAUAAGCCAGUUAAUAUUCCUGAAAUGGUAGAUAAACCAAAAUUAAAACCUCCAAAGGAUAUCGUAAGGAAUGUUCAAGGAUCUAGUGCCGGUGCGGGUAGUGGGGAAUUUCACGUUUACAGAGCUCAUCGUCGUAGAGAAUAUACCAGAUUGAAGAUCAUGGAGGAGGAAACAAAAAAGGUUCAAUAUCUUAGCAUCCUCUGA